AUUGAGUCACUGUUAGGGAUGCGACGGUCCAUGUGUGAGGCACUGUGCAGGGUGUUAUGAAAGAGCUCACAUCCCUUGAUAGCUCAACUGAUGUACCGAUUGCAACCUCAGAGGAGAGGAUUCACUGCUGGGGAAAAAGAAAAGCUGGACCACAAUAUGAAUCACAGACGGAUGUAAGGACUGAUGAGUUGGACCAACACAUUCUUCUGAAGAGCAGAGAAAACACUGGAAUGGUUAAUGUAACAGCGGCUGAUGUUGUCUGAGGCCAGCUUGCGUCUGAAGAGGGGAAGGCAAGUGGACAGGUGAACCGACUGUGAGGUUAUCGAGGAUAUCUGCGCCCUGUGACAGCCCAUAAUGACCUCAAUUACCGCGCCGAGUGUGGACGUAGCAGCAUUCGUAUGUUACCGGGAUUAAUAUGCAGCGUUCACUGCCGUCCAAAGGGUGCCUCGCAAAAGAAGGGCAUACACUAUGAUGGCACCGUUGCACAGUGAUGCAUGUGGGACGGACCCCGCGUCUACCAGCUGGUAGCUGCAAAGCAUGUUGGGAUUGGUGAGGUUCCCACGAAGGAUCAGCUGGCUAAUUGGCGCCACCAGAAGGACGGAGCCCCAGAGACGUCCGGUGGAAGGGGAGGGGGAUGUUCCGACUGCAGCAGGCAGGGAUACUGCUGAGUGCCAUGUUGGAGCUGGAACCAGCAUAGCGCCCAUCCAAACCAGUGACCAUGAACAGGCGGGGUCAGGCGCAUGGGCAGCGGUUCGCCAAGGCGGAUUACUACGAGUGUGACUGGUACUAUGAGGAGUCCACUGAUGUGUUGUGUGCUGAUAGAGUGGGCCAGAUGACCAAGACGUAUAGCGACAUAGACGCCGUCACUAGGCUACUGGAAGAGAAAGAACGAGACCUUGAGCUGGCCGCUCGCAUCGGCCAAUCGCUGCUGAAGAAAAACAAGACGCUGAGCGACCGGAACGGCGUGUUGGAGGAGCAGGUGGAGCACAUUCGAGAGGAGGUCUCCCAGCUGCGUCACGACCUCUCCAUGAAGGAUGAGCUGCUGCAGUUCUACACCAGCGUGGCCGAGGAGAGCGAGGGCGAGUCCACCACCUCCACACCGAUACGGCAGAGCGAUCCAAAUGUCACCGUUCCCACUUACUUACCUCUGGACUCCCUGCAGAAGAAACUCAAAGACCUGGAGGCAGAGAACAUAUCUCUGCGAUCCGAGGCCACUCAUCUGGAGACGGAGACCAUUUCCUACGAAGAGAAGGAACAGCAGCUGGUCAAUGACUGUGUUAAAGAACUACGAUGUGCCAACAUGCAGAUGUCGAGCCUGGCCGAGGAGCUGGGGAGGAAAUCGGACGACGCCUCCCGCCAGCAGGAGGAGAUCACACACCUCCUGUCCCAGAUCGUGGACCUCCAGAAGAAGGCCAAGUCGUAUGCUGUGGAGAACGAGGAGCUGACGCAGCACCUAGGAGCUGCCAAAGACGCCCAGAGGCAACUCACUGCUGAGCUGCGGGAGCUGGAGGAUAAGUACGCAGAGUGCAUGGAGAUGCUCCACGAGGCCCAGGAGGAGCUGAAGAACCUGAGGAACAAAACGCUGCCGCUCACCACGCCGCGACGCUUCCACUCCCUGGGCCUGUUUCCCAUGGACUCCUUGGCAGCGGAAAUAGAGGGAACUAUGAGGAAGGAACUUCAAAUGGAUGAUCCAGAUGUUGAAGAACAAAAGCUGCACCCCAAGCGGGUGUUCCAAACGGUGAAGAACCUGAACCUGAUGCGGCAGCAGCGCUCGUCGCUGGCCCCCUCGCCGCUCAACAUCCCGGGCUCCAACCAGACGUCCUCUCUGACGUCGGGCCGCUCCAGCCGGGUGGGCACGCCGCACUCCUGCUCCACGUACGGAGGCAGUGAGUCGGGCAGCGGGCCGUACUGCCCCGACAACAAGGCCGGCGGUAUCCUGGAGGCGCACGACGACGGGUCAGACGACUCCAACCGGCGUCCCGUCGGCACCCCGGGGACCCCGGGGGGGCGGGACCUGGAGGCGGCCCUCCGUCGCCUCUCGCUGCGCCGCGACAACUACGUCUCCGAGCGGCGCUUCUUCGAGGAGGAGCGGGAGCGCAAGCUGGCCUACCUGGCCAAGGAGGAGCAGGGGGAGGACGGGGAGGAGAAGGACGGCAGCGGCGGAGACCCCGGGACCCCCACGGAGAGCCUGCUGUCGCUGUACACGCACCCGUCCCUGGGCAGCAUGUGGUCGGGCUACUCCUUCACCUCGAGGUCCUACCUGCCCGAGAAGCUGCAGAUCGUCAAGCCCCUCGAAGGCUCGGCCACCCUCCACGCGUGGCAGCUGCUGGCCCAGCCCCACCUGGGGGGCCUGCUGGACCACCGGCCGGGCGUGGUCACCAAGGGCUUCCGCACCCUGGACCAGGACCAGGACCCUUCGGAGGCCGGGGACUGGCAGCUGGACCAACCCGAGGAGGACGAUGAGUCCCUCCGCUCGUUCCCGGGCCACUCCAGUGAGGACGACCUCCCCGUCUCCCGCCUGCCCUGGGCGUCCACGCCCGACCUCCGCCACGCCACGAACAACGGCGGCGUCGGCGUCCACCGGAGCGGUCGCGACAACAACAACGACAACGAGGACAAUAGCCUGUUGGAGUCGCUGAGGGGCGCGCGAUCGGGGGAGGCGUUCGGAGGGAAAGACGGACCCGCCCUCGACGGCCUGCCUUGCACUCCCUGCUCCAUCCGCUCCUCUCCUGUCUCCGUCGCCGUGACGACGCCGUGCGCCAACGAGAAGGCCGGCGGCGAGCCCUUAGACUUCCCGGCUCUACCAGCCGGAGCGCCGGACGGCUUGCCCGCCAUCUUCCCAGGGAAGUGCAUGUCCCAAACCAGCUCCACCUACACCUUCACCACCUGCAGGAUCCUCCACCCCUCAGACCAGCUCACCUCCGUCUCCUCCAGCCCCAGGUCGGCCUAUCAGAGCAGCCCUGGCGUGGGCGGGGCCGCGUCGCCCGUCCCUUCGCCGCUACCCCAGUUCUCCGACCCGGCCACGCCCUCCUACACCACGCCCUGCUGCACCCCCCGCCGCCUCUCCCUGUCCCAGGCCGAGUCCUCCACCAACCACCGGGACAACACCCGUACCACCAGCACCUCCCUGGGGCUGGUGCGCCUCCUGGUGGAGCACGGCAUCUCCGCCUCCGUCUACGACCCGCGCAGCUGGGACCGCGGGGUUCCGGCCGCCGGGGGGGCGCUGGAGGCGGAGCCUGAGGAGGCGGAGCCUGAGGAGGAAGGGGAGGAGCUCUGGGAGGACGAGGACAGGGGAGAGGCGGGGCGCCCCAGCUCCCUCCUCUUCCUCCCCUCCACGCCGCCCAACUCGCCGACCCGCCGCUGCCGCUCCAGGUCCAUGUCGUCCUCCCACCCCCGGGGGGCGCCACCACCGGCACCGACGCCGCCGCCGCCCCCCGGGGCCGGCUUCCAGUUCAGCCCGACGGACGAGUCGCUGUUCUACGAGACGUUUCUGGCGUCGCGGCCGGCCCAGACCAUCCUGAAGGAGGUGCUGGCCGAGUUCGAGAAGGAGCCCGCCCUGCCCGGCUCGUACCAGAGCCGGCUGGAGGCCACCAAUCUGCGGCUUGUCGACAAACUCAAGCGCUUCCGCACCCUGGGGCCUCCGCGGGGGGGGGCCAGCGCCGCCAUGGGCGGGGGCCUGGGGCCCGUGUUGAACGCGGGGCUCCGGAGGAACCGCAGCUACCCCGCCAUGGUGGGGGCCAGCAUGGCCAUGAAGGACCCCGGAGGGCCCCCCAGCAGCGCGGAGCUGUUCCUGGGCCACGCCCUGUCCACGCAGCACGCGGACGCGGCGCACGUAGCUCCCACGCGGCCUCCGGAGGAACGGACGCACACGGCGGCGGCGGCCGUCGUACCAAAAAUAGUCUCCUACAGACAGCCCUGGCCGGACGACUGAGUGGAGGGCAUUCGAGAACCGUACGGAUUAAAACCACGCCAUGUUCCCCAUUUCAAGAUCAGCGAUUCGGAUUGCCCAGUACAACCGCUUGGAUGUCCUCACAGCCCCCAGCUAGACGUGCGUCACACACAAAGAGAGUUCUCCUCCAAUCAACACCGCUCCACCGCACAAUAAGCAGAGGAGUGCCUGCCCCCGAUGGAUCUGGGAUCGACAGCGUUACCUCUGCACCCACAAACCAAGUCCGACUGUGGAGCCCAGGGCCCAUCGAGCAGUCGUCACUUUAAGUUCUGCGGUUCAUGCUGUACCUCCAUGACAUAGGGGGAAGGAACAACGAAAUGCUGUUUUACCGGCACCUAUUUUUUAAAUCUGUAUUUUAAUUUAAAACCAUGGAUUAAAUAGGGCGUGCACAUGACACUGUUAAUCAUCCGCUGUUCUAAAUGGUCUGUAUAAAAGUGUGUGGAUAGAGAAAAAAAAGAGUAUAUUAUUUUUCGAAAAACAAAGCUGUGUGAUUGUGGUUUUAAUCCCGCAAUCCCGCAAUCCUGUCCUCUGGCCGAUGACUGAAUGUUGUGCAGUCCUGUGUCUGGACACGGCCAACCUACUGUAGCUUCCGGGGACACGGGCCGCGUGCUCCUCACAAAGCUCUAUUGAAUUCUCUAUUGAAUGCCUUAUCGGACGGUGGGAGCGAGCCAGAGUAUGUGGUGCCAACUAACCUUCCGAGAUCUUCUCUUGUAUCAUUUUACCUCCUGUCCGUGUGUGUGUUUUUUGUCAUUAUUUUUCAUGCAAACUCCCCGAGUUUUGAUUUGAGGGGGCUAUUUUGAAGUCGUUCGAAAAGGAAAAAAAAUCUGCAUUUGAAUUUGACAACAAGGCCGUUUUUAGGAAAUUAAAAAGUCAUCCCCCUGGUGCUUUUAAGUGAGCUUAGGUUUAGUCGUGGAAUGAGGCCCAGUCCGCCUGACACUCCGUUUUAGCACUUUAGCCGCGGACUACUGAAGGACCUGUCCCUCGUUCUCUCUGUCGCUGGAUGUCUCCUCGCCCCAUCUUGUCUUGCCCGCCUGAUGCUUUUUGUUGUUACUUUUUGUUCACUUCCGACCAAAUCGGGCCAUGGGUAAAAAGUACAACCUCAGAAUCCUGCUUUGCCUGUCCCUGUGUGUUGUCCUUUAAGAGACUUGACCAUUUUUGUGAGUUUCCUGCUCUUUAGACAUUUACAUUCUGUCAGUGUUAUGGUCAUAACUAACGCUAACUGCUUUUUUAUGCAAGCAAACAAUUUAUUUGGAGUAACACACCCACCCCCCCUAAAAAAAAACACAUACACAGAAAAAGAACCACAGAAAUGUGUGUGUUUUUUUUGUCAGUGUAACUAACUAUUCAAUCGACCAUUAGAGGGCAGCAAACUCACAAAUGGGGUUGAGUUACACUUCAAGAGAACAGAACACCGAUCAGAGAGAACGCAGAACUGAAUGAGGGUGGAUAGAAUUAGCGGUUGCACAGUAACUCAGCUGAUCAGAUUGGUCAUUGAGGAGAGAGAGAGAGAGAGAGAGGGAGAGAGGGAGAGAGGGGGAGAGGGGGAGAGAGGGAGAGGGAGGGGGAGAGAGGGAGGGAGAGAGGGGGAGAGAGGGAGAGGGAGAGGGAGAGAGAGAGCAUGAGGCCAAUACAAUAAUGAAGGAGCCUUUUUGUGUUUGACCUGAUGCUUUGGUAAGGCCCAUAUUUCCAGACCAUAUUUUUAACAAAAUUGUCAUUUUUCUGACUGAUUUUUAUGAUUGAGACUAGAGAGUGUGCAAAGCAAAAUGAAUCAAUGUGUAGCCAAUGUUGUGCCAGGUGUUCCUGUUAUAUAAGGGCAUUGAAAGGAAAUGCAAUUAUGCAACAGUACUGUAACAGCCAGAGUAUGCCCUACACACAGGUAAUACCUUUAUUUUUGUACGAUAAGAAAGGGAUUUCACCGGUUUCUUUUUUCUGUUCCUUGAAUUAUUAUUUUUGCUUCAUGCGAACUACACACAGUGCUGAUUCGAGACUAAAAGUCGCAGGAUCGAAUGCAGUUUAAAUCAAUGAUCACUCACUACUAUACUUUUAUACCUAGUUUAAUCGGAGAAGCACAGAGACAGUUAAUCAUGCACUACUUUUGUUUCGAUGAAGGAGUCUCUUUUGGGUUGUUGUUUUUGUUUGGAGCUGUAAUCGUUCAUCAUCCAGUUCAAGUGUCAUUAUGAACUCCAUUAUGUCUGGGACAAUGGGUGAAGCGAACUACAAGCUAACAAAUUGUCUAGCAGCCACUAACUGUUGCUAUGCAAUAAUGAAAAAGUAUUAGGAUUUGUUAGCUUUAGUGGGAUGGGGGGGGGGGGGGGUUCUGAUGCAGACACUGGCUAAUGUACAACAUGAGGAUUUUUGUUAUAGCUGUGUAUGUUUCUGUGUGUGCGCGCGUGUGUGUGUGUUGCACUACCUGGAUCAGCUGAAUGUAUGCUCUUUCAGUUUGCUGUAGGUCCAUGCGUGUGUAUGUUGGUUGCCCUUGUGCGAUGUGUGUGUUGAAUCUGAACAGAGCUUGUUAUUAUUGUAAUUAUUAUUACUGCUCUAUAUGCCAGACAUGGUCUGUAUGCAACAAAUCUAGAGACAACCUAACUUUUUGUUUGAAAAUAAACAAAAACGGGAUAAUGAAGAGUGGUAUUAGGAUGGGUUGUUCAGCCUGAAUCUGGAAUAUAAGAGAACUUGUUGUUCAAGGGAGAAUGUGCCUGUAAAUAAAAUAUUAAUAUUGA